AUGCUUAGAGCUUUUAAAAGCGCCAUCCCACGCGCUCAACUUUUAAGGGCCAAUAACCAACUCAAUAGACAAGGCUUAAGAAUCAUUUCCGCACGUUUCAAUGCAACUGAUAACUUUUUACAAGGUAACAACUCCAAUUAUGUUGAUGAAAUGUAUGAAGCUUGGAGACAAGACCCAACUAGUGUCCACACUUCCUGGAAUGCUUAUUUCAAGAAUAUUGAAAAUGAUAACAUCCCAGUUUCAAGAGCUUUCACUGCUCCUCCAACUAUUGUUGCACACCCUGUUGGUGGUGCUGGUAGUUUCAUUCCUGGUGAAGCUCCAAUUACUGAAGAUGUUGUCACUCACUUGAAGGUUCAAUUGUUAGUUCGUGCUUAUCAAGUUAGAGGUCAUCAAAAGGCUAAAAUUGAUCCAUUAGGUAUCACAUUUAAUGAAACUUCUUAUGUUCCAAAAGAAUUAACAUUAGCUCACUAUAACUUUACUGAAAAGGAUUUAGAUAAACAAAUUACUCUUGGUCCAGGUAUUUUACCAAGAUUUGCUGAAGCAGGUAAGAAAUCAAUGACUUUAAGAGAAAUCAUUGCUAGCUGUGAAAAGAUAUAUUGUUCUUCUUAUGGUAUUGAAUAUGUCCAUAUUCCUUCAAAAGACAAGUGUGACUGGUUAAGAGAAAGAGUUGAAAUUCCAGAACCUUAUAAAUAUUCUCCAGAUCAAAAGAGACAAAUUUUGGAUCGUUUGAUUUGGGCCACAUCUUUUGAAACCUUCUUGGCUAAUAAAUUCCCAAAUGAUAAAAGAUUUGGUUUGGAAGGUGCUGAAGCCGUUGUUCCAGGUAUGAAAUCCUUAAUUGAUACCUCUGUAGAAUAUGGUGUUGAAGAUGUUGUCAUUGGUAUGCCACAUAGAGGUAGAUUAAAUAUGUUGUCAAAUGUUGUCCGUAAACCAAAUGAAUCUAUCUUUUCUGAAUUUUCCGGUUCUAAAGAAUUCGAUGAAGGUUCCGGUGAUGUCAAGUACCAUUUGGGUAUGAACUAUGCUAGACCAACUACUUCUGGUAAAUACGUUAACUUAUCAAUUGUUGCCAAUCCAUCCCAUUUGGAAGCCGAAGAUGGUGUUGUUUUAGGUAAAACUAGAGCUAUCCAACAAUACAAGAACGAUGUCGGUGAAUUCAAGAAGGCUAUGCCUGUUUUAUUACAUGGGGAUGCUGCAUUCGCUGGUCAAGGUGUUGUUUACGAAACUAUGGGUUUUGCUAACUUACCUGCCUACUCUACUGGUGGUACCAUUCAUGUCAUUGUCAAUAACCAAAUCGGUUUCACUACCGAUCCAAGAUUCUCUAGAUCCACGUUAUAUCCUUCUGAUAUUGCCAAAGCUAUUGAUGCUCCAAUCUUCCAUGUUAAUGCUGAUGAUGUUGAAGCUUGUACCUUUGUCUUUAAUUUAGCUGCUGAAUGGAGAGCUACUUACCAUUCCGAUGUUAUUAUUGAUGUUGUUGGUUACAGAAAGUAUGGUCAUAAUGAAACUGAUCAACCAUCAUUCACUCAACCAAUCAUGUAUGAACAAAUUUCCCAAAAGAAGUCAGUUAUUGACUACUAUACUAAUCAAUUGAUCGAAGAAGGUACUUUUAGUGUCGACGAUGUUAAUGAACACAAGAAAUGGGUUUGGGAUCAAUUAGAAGAACAAUUCGGUAAGGCCAAGGAAUACCAACCAACUUCAAGAGAAUGGUUAACUACUCCAUGGGAAGAUUUCAAAUCUCCAAGAGAAUUAGCUACCGAAGUUUUACCACAUUUACCAACUGCUGUUGAAGAACCAAUUUUACAAAAGGUGGGUAAUGAUAUUUCUAGUGUCCCAGAAGGUUUUGAAAUCCACAGAAACUUGAAACGUAUCUUGAACACCAGAAAGAAAACCAUUGAAACCGGUGAAGGUAUUGAUUGGGCUACCGGUGAAGCUCUUGCUUUCGGUUCUUUAGCUCUUGAAGGUUAUCACGUUAGACUUUCUGGUCAAGAUGUUGAAAGAGGUACUUUCUCCCAACGUCAUUCUGUCUUGCAUGAUCAAAAGAGUGAAGCCAUCUGGACUCCAUUGGCCAACUUGAGUGAAGAUCAAGGUGCUUUCAGUAUUUCCAACUCUUCAUUAUCUGAAUAUGGUUGUUUAGGUUUCGAAUAUGGUUAUUCAUUAACUUCCCCAGAUGCUUUAGUUAUUUGGGAAGCACAAUUCGGUGAUUUCGCCAACACUGCUCAAGUCAUUAUUGAUCAAUUCGUUUCUGGUGCUGAAUCUAAAUGGAAGCAAAGAUCUGGUGUUGUCUUAUCCUUACCUCACGGUUAUGAUGGUCAAGGUCCAGAACAUUCUUCUGGUAGACUUGAAAGAUUCUUACAAUUAUGUAAUGAAGAUCCACGUUAUUUCCCAUCUCCAGAAAAGAUCGAACGUCAACAUCAAGAUUGUAACAUGCAAGUUGCUUAUCCUACUACUCCAGCUAACCUUUUCCAUCUUUUACGUCGUCAAAUGCAUAGACAAUUCAGAAAACCAUUGAUUCUUUUCUUCUCCAAGUCAUUGUUACGUCAUCCUUUGGCUAGAUCAAACUUAUCUGAAUUUACUGGUGAAUCUCACUUUGAAUGGAUCAUUGAAGAUGUUUUAGGUAAGAAGGAAGAAGUUAAGAGAGUCGUCUUAAUGUCUGGUCAAGUUUAUGCUACUUUACAGAAGAAGAGAGCCGCUUUGGAAGAUAACUCCACUGCAUUUAUUAAGGUUGAACAAUUACAUCCAUUCCCAUAUGCUCAAUUACGUGAUGCUUUGAAUACUUAUCCAAAUGUUAACGAUAUUGUUUGGUGUCAAGAAGAACCAUUAAAUAUGGGUGCGUGGGCCUUUGCUCAACCAAGAAUCCAAACUGUUUUGAAGGAAACUGAAAAUUGUAAGGAUUUGAGUUUGAGAUAUGCUGGUAGAGAUCCAAGUGCUUCUGUUGCCGCUGGGUCUAAGACUAUGCAUUUGGCUGAAGAAGAAGCAUUCGUUAAUGAAGUUUUCAGAGAUUAG